CUAGCGAAGAUUCAAGAACGAAGGUCGAAGAGGAGCCUGGCAGCCUGCGACGAGCCGACGAUGACGCUGUGAACUGCGAAUACCAGCCGACCUGCGGCCACCAGCCGCGCCGACGGAAGCCGUCGCCCACUCGGCCGUCCUUCAUCUUCGUCUCUCCGCUCUGCCUGUAGCUCCUGAGCUCCAGCCUCUACGCGACCAGAUCACCCCAUUGUAACUUUCUGGAUCCGCCCCUUUAUCUGAUCCACGCGCAACGGCAGGAAAGUGGAGGUCUGGAGUCGCGGCAGAGAAUCUGGAGUCCUGGAGGUUUGGACUCUAAUCAACUAGUAGAUAACCGAGCGGGUGGAGCGGCGGAGGAAUUUUUGGCUUCUAGUAAGACCGAUUGUUUGUAACUGGAAACGCAGGUUUAGGGUUCUCGAAUACUACUAAACUUAUAGAACGACGUCGUUUUUGUUAAAAAAAUUGAGAUUUCCGGGUGUUUACACGGUCCCUUCUUCGUAGCCUAUAUUCACUAAAAGAAUUGUCAUGAGGUUUGCCUCAAUCUUUACCCAUUUAUCAGCCUCAAAGAACCCCACUUUUCAAAUUAGCAACACCUGUCUCUUCUCCACAUCUUCAUGUUCACCAUUAUCUGCUUCACAACAAUUCGUGACCAAUUUGCAUAAAAACGGGCAGAACAUAGAGAAAACCCUCAACUCAGUCAAAGCCAAAUUGGAUGCACCUUGUGUGACCCAAGUUCUGGAAAGGUUCUCACUUGAGAACCCUCAAAUGGGUCUGAGGUUCUUCAUAUGGGCUGGGCUUCACCCAUCAUAUAGACACUCAAGGCACAUGUAUAUCAAAGCUUGUAACUUGCUGAAGAUUGACGAAAACCCCAAAGUAAUCACAGAUGUGUUUGAGGCUUACAGGGACGAAGAUGAAUGCGGAGUCAGUGUGCAAAUGUUUAGGGUCGUAUUUAAUUUGUGCAGAGAGGCUAAAGAUGCAGACUUGGGAUUGAUGGUGUUGAGAAAAAUGAAGGAAUUCAAUUGCAGGGCAGAUGUGAUAUGUUAUAAUGGAGUGAUAAGGUUGUUGUGCGAAAAGGGGGAUAUAGAUGAGGCGAUGGGGUUGAUGAGAGAGAUGGGGCUCAUUGAUCUUUAUCCUGAUAUGGCCACUUACACUAUGAUAAUCAAGAGGUUGAGUGACGUGGGCAGGUUGGAAGAGGCUUGCAAGAUGGUUAAGACGAUGAAGGGGCAAGGCUGCUUUCCAGGAACAACGGUGUAUUCUUCCCUUCUUGAUGGGAUUUCAAGAUUUGGGGGCUUGGAGAGGGCAAUGGAGUUGUUGGAUGAAAUGGAGAAAGAAAGCAGCGAUUGCAGACCAAAUGUUGUCACCUACACAACUCUGAUUCAAGCGUUUGUUGAAAAAGGGCGUACAUAUGAAGGAAUGGCUAUCCUGGAUAAGAUGGAGAGUUUUGGAUGUAAACCAAACAGAGUGUUGAUGGCUGCUCUGGUUCAGGGACUGUGCAGGGAUGGUCAUAUCAAUGAGGCCCAUAAGAUAGUGGAUCGGAUUGGUGGGAACGGUGGUGGUAUUUCAAAUGAUGAGUGUCACAGCUGUUUGGUGAUUUCGUUGUUUCGGGUGGGAAGGUUCAAGGAGGCGGAGGCUGUUUUUAGUAGGAUGCUGGCUUCUGGGUUGAAGCCUGACACAAUCUCGUAUCAGACAAUGAUGAAAUGACUGUGUUCUGAAGGAAGGAAGGAGCUUGAUGGAUAUAUGGCUUGAAUAUUGAAUAUCAAUCUUUCUACUACAGAAUUAUGAUGAUUUGAUUAAACUAGGUGGUGAACUUCGAUACAAAAAAAUGAGUGGUCCAAUCAAAGACUAUCUCAGAGUUAGGAUCAAUACAAAGCUCUCAAUUUAUCAAGCAGAUUAAUGGUUACGAUUAAGACCACAAAAAAUGAGUGUUCAAAUCGAAUCAAAGACUAAAUUAACACCAUCGCUUGAUUCUGAUGGAAAGCCAUCAAAGAGGUAGCUGCAUGGAGCAUUUGCACUGUUGAUCGAGGUAGCUGCAUGGAGCAUUUAGUACAGGGGUAAAUGAUUAUUCUCCUGUGGAAACUUUGGCAUUGUCAGUCCAUGCAACUUUCAACGCGAUUUUUCACUAUGGGUCAUCCGGAAACCAUCUCUUUGUGCUUUAGUACAGGGGUAAGACUGCGUACAUCCAACCCCUUACCCCACCGUAGGUGGAGCCUUUGCGUCAGUGGGGGUAAUGAUGAUGAAUUGAUGAUGAUCAUGAUCAUGGAAACUUUCACAUUGGGCUUACCUGCAAGUAUUCGGGAAAGGAACGACUACGAUGAAGAGGUAACAUCAUAGUUGAUGGGUGACAUAAAUAUGAAUUUGUUUUGAAUUUAUAACUCCCUUCCUCCCCUUAUACAUUAGGGGUUUUAGAAUAGUGUGCGGUAUGCAGUGGCGGAUCCACUUUGUUCAAGAGUAUUCACUUGAACACCCUGAUUUUUUUAAAACAGUAACCAUCACUGCUUAUUAUGUCUUGUGCUAGAAAAAAUAAUCGUUUAAAUACUAGUGCCUGCCUUAGUGCGGACUAUAUGCUGCUAGUUUGUUGCUCUUGUUCUAAGGAAAUUGCUUAUUUCAAUUUGGAAGAUAUAUUACUCUCCUUAUUCCCUA